UUUGAAAUUAACACUAGCAAUGUGAACGGGAAACGUCACCGUGAAAGCACAAUUACACUGUUCUCUUUCGUUUCCUGGUAUACUGGAUCACUGCCUACCUUGACCCAAAAUAAGUCAUACAAUGCCGUGCGUGAACUACAGUUUCCUCGUCUAGUGGUCUAUGGGAUCGGGUGAACAAUCAUUAUUUGUUGACAUUGCUUGUUUGUACCAGUACAAUUGUGAAAAAGGAAGGAAUUGUAGUUCGCGUAGGUCGAUCAGGCAGUGGUGAAUUGUCGGUUUUGCUUUCGCUGUCAAAACAGUGAUGCUCUGUAAAUGCUUAGGCGAUCCCAGCACAUUAGUGAUUACACCAGUGCUUGAUGGCAGCCUUUUCUGCUUUCUGAGAUACAUGUCAUAGUUUGCACGCUGUGACAUUAUAACUUAAAGCAAGAGAUCUUUACAUCACGCCAUGAAUGAUUACUGAAGUUAGAGAUUGAAUAACCGUAUCAAGCAAAUAAACAAUGAGUAGUUUGGUGUUGCACUCAUUGUCCGUCCUAGCGGACUCGUCUGAUGUCCGUGCGUUGCUCGUCUUCACCGUCGUUCUCCUGGCCGUGCGAUGGCUGCUUCGCACCCCGGACAACCUCCCUCCAGGCCCGGUGGGCUGGCCAGUCAUCGGCUCGGCGCUGCAGCUCAAGGGUAAACCCUGCCACCAGGAAUUCACAAAUUUGGCCCGGCAGUACGGGAAGAUCUUCAGCCUGUAUCUUGGUACCUCGUUGGUGGUGGUGCUCAACGAUGCCGCGUCUAUCCAAGAGGCUCUCAUCAAACAGGCGGACCGGUUCUCGGGGAGGAAAGUGCCCGAGUCGGUCAGACUAUGUUUUCCGAUGAAAGGCAGCAUUUUGUUCGGGACUGGCGAACCGUGGCAAGCGGUGCGUCGCUUCACCGUCGGUGCCAUGCGGAACCUUGGCGUCGGCAAAAACAGCAUCGCGCUCCGUAUUAACGAAGAAGCACGCAUCCUUUGCGAUAGCUUUGAGGAACACGGAGGCAAACCAUUUAACCCACUGACACUGGUUUCGAGUGCCGUCUCCAAUGUCAUCUGUCAGAUGUCCUUCGGUCACCGCUACGACUACGACAAUGCGACCUUUGUCCGCAUCCAGGACAACCUCAGGAAGCGCAUGGCCUUCGGUCGGACGUCCUUAGUCAAUUACCUCCCCUUGCUUUUCUACACGCCUCUCUAUAAGGAACUCAGGGAACUAGAUGAGGAACGGAGGAGAGAUAUGCAGGCCGUGGUUUACGAGCACCUGGCGACCUUUGACCCGAAACACAUCCGGGACAUGAUUGACCUCUUCUUUUGUGAAGUCCAGCAAAGGGACGGCUGCACUAAGGCCAAGUUUCCGUUCACCGAGACGGAUGUUGAGAGGUUGAUCCACGACUUGUUCGGAGCCGGCACCGACACCUCAGCCAACAUGCUCAUGUGGGUGAUCUUGACGAUGACAAAGUACCCGGAAGUGCAAGAGAAGAUGCACGAGGAACUUGAUCGGGUCGUUGGUUGUGGUCGCCAGCCGGCCUGGGCUGAUCGACCCAACCUCCCGUACUGCGAGGCCGUGCUGCUGGAGCUACUCCGCUACAGACCCACGGGCGCGCUCGCCGUCCCACACACGGCAGCACACCGCACCGAUCUUAUGGGGUUCAAUAUCCCUAAGGACACCAUGGUGUUGGUGAAUAUCUUCGCCGCCCACCACGAUCCGGCUUACUGGGAGAACCCGGGUCAGUUCCGUCCGGAAAGAUUCCUGUCUGCUGACGGGAAGGAGGUUGUGAAACCCACGCAUUCCUCGUACCUGCCAUUCGGCAUAGGUCGACGGGUGUGUGCAGGUGAACAGCUAGCUAGAAUGGAGUUCUUUCUCUUCACGGUAACCUUGUUACAGCGGUUCACUUUUACCGUGCCGGAGACCGAUCCACCGCCGAGCAUGGACGGCGUGUUCGAGAUAACGCUGUCGCCCGCCCCUUUCCGUGUCUGUGCCACGCCUAGGCAUGCGUGAUAGACCAUCACGAUUCCAUCCACGCAACUAACUAUAGAGAGUGGCUUAGCAAGGUCAUUCAU